AAUGUAGUCUUGCAUAGUGUUAUGUGUUGGUCCUGGAAGAACGACAUUUGGUUCCAAUGUAUACAAGCUGUAUAGAGGAAUGACAAUUUAAACCCAUUUGACACUUGACUUGUAGGCGAAUAAAUAAAUAAAUAAAUAAAUAGAGAAAAGAAAAGAAGUAAUAAAGUUUGUACAAAUGUGACGCAUGACCAGGGGAUCCCCUUGCCACGUUUUAAUUGGGUCACACAGACACACGACCCACAUCCAGAAUGUUCAGUGGUGCACGUGUAAAUAAAUGUAGGACACCCGUUCUGUAAACCGCGCGAGAGAGGGCGCGAGCUGAGAGGAGGGUCGCGCGAGAUAACGGCGCUCAGCAUCCUCUCUCUCUCUCUCUGCUCAAACACAAUGCAGUGAUGGAGCACUUCGCGUUGCGGCAUUAAAAAAAAACAAACAAAGAAGAAGCACGAAUCCUUUUUUGUUUUUCUGUGGAUCUGAAGGAUCGCAAUAAAAAUGUAGGAGAAAGGGACACUCAGGGCUGCGGGUGGAACAGGAUGGAAUGGCUUGAUGAAUCAGGGUUACCGAGCUGGCCUGCAAGCGAGAGGGAAUGCAUUGUCGAUCAACAGGGCAAUGUGUGCAGGAACACUGGUCACGUGACAGAUUAUCUGAGUGAUGACACAGAGAAAGCACCAUCGCUUCAAGCUCACACACUGAGAGAAUUUGAACAGCACCUCACUGACCUGAAGAAGGAGAACUUCAGCCUCAAGCUGCGCAUCUACUUCCUGGAAGAAAGGAUCCAGCAGAAGUACGAGAACAACAGUGAUGAUGUCUACCGAACGAACAUCGAGCUGAAGGUGGAGGUUGAGAGCUUGAAGCAGGAGUUACAGGAGAAACAGCAGCUUCUUGACAAAGCUCUGACAACAGCGGAGAGCCUGACCAAUAACAAUGAAGCAGAGCUGCAGCGUUGCUGUGAGGCGAGACAGCAGGAGAUCGACCACGUGCAGCAGGUCCUGCAGACCAAGAUACAACUCCUGCAGGAGGAGGCUCAGUUAGCACGGAGCGAGGCUGAACGCAUGGCCAGUCUUGCAGAAUCCUGCUCCCAGCAUCCCCCUGUCACCAUGGAGCCCAUCACCAAGGAGAUGUCUGUUGCUAAGAGCUCCAAACCUCCCAUACUGCUGCCUGACAACAGAGAUAGCAAAAGGAUUGAGGAGCUCACUGCGGCAGUGCGCCGUAAGGAGAUGCUGAUACGGGAGUUAACGGAGGAGAGGAGCUCUCUGAGAGAGAGAGUCACAGAGAUGGACGAACAGCUCCAAGAGCUCUCUACCUCGCUACUGCAGAAAGAGAGAGAUGCAGAGUUUUAUCAGGAAGAGCUGGGCCGUGAGAGGCUGCGUGUCCAACAGGAGAUGCAGUCUCUGAUUGAAGAGCAGCAGUCUCAGCUGAACCAGUAUGAAUCCGCAGCAGGCCAGUGCGUGAGUGAACUGCACAAGGCUCAGCUACAGGUUCAGUCCCUCCAGAAUAAGAUCCACGACAGCGAAACAAGCAACAAGAGGCUGCAGGAAAACCUGAGUGAGAUGGAGACUGAGCUGCGUUCUAUUAGACAGGCAGCUCAGAAUCAGGAGAGGACCAUCCAGAGCCUCACCGAAAGUCUUAAUACUAAGGAGACAGAGACACAGGAGUUAUAUCAGGUUAUAGAAGGACAGAACACCACCCUGUGUAAGCUCCGAGAAAUAGCCCAUCGCAGUCAGCUCCAACAUACACAGGUUCUAGAAGGGGGUGACCUGCAGGGUGAGGUGGUGGCACUACAAAGCUCUCUCUUCUGCUGCCAGCUGGAGCUGGAGGCCAGUCAGCGAGCACAGAGACAGAGCCAGAGGGUGGAAGAGGACCUGACACACUCCCGUGACCGCCUACACAGUGACCUAGAGGCAGCACUGCAGCACAGAGAGACCACCGAAAAGUACAACCAGGAUUUACGCAGCACAGUUCAGCAGCUGCGUUCAGAGCUACAGGUGAAGGAAGCCCUGCUGAAGGAGGGCGAGGCCGAUAAACACUCUGCGAUUUUAGCCCAAGAAAAAACCAUCACGGAGCUGCAGUUUUCGUUAAGGGAGAAGGAGAGAAUCGUGCAGGAGUACUCAGAGCUGCUGGACCAGCCUGCUGAGACUGGCCGACCCCGAGACGCCCUGCUGGACAAACUAAAGAGUCGCAUCCGUGACCGGGACAGAGCCCUGGAGCGCUCUAUAGAUGAGAAAUUCCGCUGCUUGGAGGAGAAGGAGACGGAGGUGCGCAAGCUGCAGUUAGCGCUCCGGGAGAAAGAGAGAGACCUCGAGAGACUGCGUUGUAUUUUGACCAACAAUGAGGAGACAAUAACGAGCCUGGAUGGUCUGAUGCGCAGUAAGGAGCUGGAGUUGGAGCAGACUCAGGAAGCGUGCCGGAAGCUGCAGUGGCUCAAACAGCAGUGCGACGAGAAACACACAGUCGCUCUGCACGAGAGAGACACCGUCAUCGCACAGCUUCACACCGCACUACACACACGCAGCAAAGAGACCGAGGACCUGACGGCGGCGCUGUUGGCUAAGCUCUCCCCCAGCCCUAACGAGGUAGUGGAUGAGCUGAAGUCACGUCUGGCACUGAAAGAGCGCCUCUUCCAGGAAGUGCUGUCCGAGCGCAGCAGGCAGACUCAGGAGCACCACACGCUGAUCCAGGACCUGCUCGAUACAAUCAGCUCCAGAGACCAGUACAUCAAGGAGAGUGGCGAAAGAUUGAGGCGGGUGAUAACGGAGAGGACCGGGCAGCUACAGGAGACGCGCAGGCAUCUCUCAUCACGGGAACAGGAGCUAAGGGAAGUGACACGGGAGAGGGAGAAGGAGAGAGAAAGAAGAGUUCCACUGGCCAUGGAGAUGGAGAGACUUCAGAGUAUACUAAGAGAGAAAGAAAGCCUUAUACAGGAUCUGAUGCAGAGUCAGGAAGAGGCACAGGCAACCUCCAGAUCAUCAGCAACAACACUAAGAUCGGGGGAUAGCAGCUCAGACCUGGAGAUGCAGGCUGUUAAAGAGGAGCUUCAGAUUGCCCUGAGGAAAUACAGAGAGACAGAGCGGGAGCUUUCAGAGUUAAGAUCUGCUUCCACCAAAAAGCCUGAAAAUCGCAUUACUACUGACCCCCAGAGUGCUCUGGAGCAGUUAGUAUCAGAGUACCAGCAGCUGAACCAGGCUCUGAGAGCCGAGAAGAAGCUCUACCAAAACCUGAACCACGUGCAGUCCACAGGAGACAGUGUGGAGAAGACUCAGGCGCUGCACGUGGAGCUGGACACGGUUCAGGCACUGCGCGGACAGCUGGAAGAGGUCCUGAGCAGGACCCGAGACACAGCUCUGGCACUGGACAGGGCAGCUAAGGCCCAUGCUGACUAUGGAGAGUUUAGCACAGACGAGGAUGAGGACGAGAUCAACGAUGAUGAAGAUGAAGGCAGUAGCAGUGAAGAAUUCACCGACAGCAUAGAAGAAGAUGUGAAACUGACCGCUGAGAGUUUGGCUAGCACAGAGCAGAAUGCUGGGGUGUCUGGAGGGCCAGUGAGCAAGAGGAUAUCCCAGGAGGCCAUGAGGGGUGGAUGGCAGAAUGAGGUGGAGCAGAAGAAAAGAGACGAGAGAGAGACAGGAGAAGGGAAAAGCCAGCUCAGCCAGGCUGGCUGUGCGUCACUCUGUCAGGACAGAUGUACUCUACCGAAACUGCGAGAGGAAGACCGCAAGCUGGAACUGAGCGGCUCCGAAUCCGGUACAGAAAGGAACGUAUCUGUGAAGUGCAGAAGGUGGGAGCAAAGUGAAACAGACAGGCUGAACCCCCAUGACCAGCAGCAAACCCACAUGCUCAUAGAGGAAGAAGAGGAUGAAUAUGAUGAUGACGAUGAUGAAGAAGAGGAGGAAGAGGAGGAGGACAUGCGGGCCCCUCGGGGGAAGCGUGGCCUCCCGAAUGUGACUCUGAGGGAGGGAGCGGGGAAAAGGAGGUGCAACAGACCGCACUCUCUGGACCUCGGAGUCCUGCUGACUCUCAAAGCUACGGGUGAAUCCGGAGCACAGGACACAGAGGGAGAAAGUGGAGGUUCUACAGGGUUCUGGAAGCAUGUCGAAGCGGGACUACGCGAGCAGGCGGAGCGUCUCCGUAGCGACCUGGCUCUGAGCCGCCAGGAAAGCAGAGAGCUCCGGGAGAGACUGAUGGUGUCUGAGGCCACCGUACAUGCACAGGCUGACCAGCUCAAGGAGUACAGAGAACUACUGACGGAGAGUGCAGUCCAGCAGGACAGUAAGCAGGUGCAGGUGGAUCUGCAGGAUCUGGGCUACGAGACCAGCGGCCGCAGUGAGAAUGAGGCAGAGAGAGAAGACACCAGUAGCCCCGAGUUUGAUGAUGCAGAGUUGUGCAACUCUCUUUCCCGGCCGUCGUACGGCGGCGUCGGUAAUUCACUGCGUCAGCAUGGUGACAGUUCCCAGCCGAACGACUUGUUGGUGCAGGACCUGCGUGCGCAGCUCUCCCGCUGUCACAAAGUGAUCCGUGGACUGCAGGUCCGCGUGCGCUCACUCUCCGCUACCUCCGACUACGCUUCCAGCCUUGAACGCACACCGCGCAAGGUAAACUGGGCCUUCCAAGAGUCUCCUGCCCACACCGGUUUGGAGGACGAUGAGGGCUGGCACUCGGACGGGCCAGCCCUUGGACCACUGAAGUCCAACAGGGAGCUGCAGGAGCUGGUGUCACGUGUGGCAUCGCUGGAGAACCAAAUCCUCAGCAGCAAAUUGGAAGAAAAAAGAGGGACGGAGGAGGGGAAGAGUGCCACGUGGCCUGGAAAAUACAACACGCUGAUCCAGGCUCAGGCUCGGGAGUUAUCGCACCUGCGACAGAAGAUGCGUGAGGGACGAGGAAUUUGCCACAUCCUCGCGCAGCACCUGGGCGACACCACCAAGGCGUUCGAAGAGCUGCUCCGGGCCAACGAUAUCGAUUACUACAUGGGCCAGAGCUUCCGAGAACAGCUUUCCCAGAGUUCCUCACUCACACAGAGGAUCGGCAUUAAGCUCAGCGGACGAGAUCGGACAGAAGUGCAGGAUGACAAAAUGGGCCACGAGCUAUUAGCUUUAAGGUUGAGUAAGGAGCUCCAACAAAAGGACAAGAUAAUCGAGUCUCUCCACACAAAGCUGCAGCAACGCCCUGACACGCCCUCCAGCAGCCACGCCCCCUCUGAAACAACAGACCAAUCUGACCGCACUUCCUUUGUGUCAGAUGAAAGGGCCUCGAUAAAUGAGGAUCUGGAACUGUGUUCUGAUGUGGAUGCCGUCAGCGAAUACGCCCAGGAGGAACCAGCUCCUAGAUCAACUAAUGCAGACCGCCCCUCCUUCCUCCCUGUCCCUCCCUCUAUUCAGUCCCAUAUCACCCCCUACAGGCCAAAGGAGAGUAAGACAGGUGUGUAUUCUUCUCCCUUGUAUGGUUCUUUGCCCUUGGCCCAGACGCACCUCUGGUCCAACUCCUCAAAUAACUUAAGCUCUGACCCACUGCCUUUUUUUGGGCCACUGACACAACAGCAGCACCAGCAGGGUCCAUGCAGACUGCCAGUCCGAAGUUUUAGUUUACCACAUUCACUGAGCAGCUAUCCACUGAUGGGCUCUGCACUACCUGAUCCCACACAUUACACCCAGCUAUCUCAUCAUUCCCUUCACCAGCCCCAGAAAUCAGAGAGCAGCCUGGUAGGGAGCAAUGCACCAUGGGAUAUGGACAACAUGGUUCAGCCAAUCAGAGGCUUCACUGGAGCACCUGGUUACCAGUCAGGAAACAGCCAUUCGGGUGUGGACCUGAUCGAGGAGCAUCUGUGUGAGAUCCGUACGCUGCGUCAACGUCUGGAGGACUCCAUCAGGACCAACGAGAGGCUGAGACAGCAGCUGGAGACUCGUCUGGCCAAUGCUGCCAGAGAUGGAGCAGCACCCACAAAUAUCUACAUCCAAGGCCUGGACACUGUCACCCAGCUGUCCAGUGAGAUCCGUAUGCUGAAGGAGGAGAAUCUGAGUCUCCAGUCCAGACUGCAGGCGAGCAGGGACAACAGCGAGGAGGUGGAGCAGUUGCGGGAGGCGGUGCUGUCUGGGAGGGCGCGGCUGAAGCAGGCAGAGCUAGAGGCGGAGCAGUGGAAGGAGGAGCUGAGGAGGAUUCAGACACAUAGCUGUGAACAGGGUCAGCAGAUUCAGCAGCUACGUCAGGAGAGGCAGAGCAACCACGAGCACAACAACAGGUUGCAGCAUGAGGUCAGUCUGCUCCAGCAGCAGCUCUCCGAAAGCAGGCAGCUGCUGCACUCGCUGCAGUGUGAACUCCAGCUAUACGACCGGGUGUGUGCAGGGAGCAAGGGCGCCCCCACAGGUUACCUCUCUGAGCUGCCGUACUCCUCUGCUCCAGCUGUGGGAGAACUCAACCAGUUGCUGGUGGAGGUCCGGGCUCUACGAGCCCAGCUGGAGCGCAGCGUCCAGGAGAACAGCGCUCUGAGGAUACAGCUGCAGAAACAGCUGGAGCAACAGCUGUCCUCAGCCGGUCUGGAGCCGAGACCUUCAUCCCUCAUGCCAGCCAGCCCCCUGCGGGAUGCCCUCUACAGGAGGCAGCUGCUGCACGACCCGUCUCCCUCUCCACCAGUGAGGGACGUUGGUCCGUUCCCUUCCGGUCCCCCGUGUUCUCCUUAUUCGGAGCUUGAGGAGAGCUCACUCACAGCUAUCGACUCUCUGGAGCCUCAUGCAGAUUUGGAGGGUGAUGCCCCCGAUGGUUCGUUCGCUAACCGGAACGGGCGCCAUGCCAUCGGGCACGUGGAUGACUUCAGCGCUCUACAGCAGCAGGUUAUGGAGGGCAGAGGGCUGGUGCAGAGGAUGGAGGCCAUGCUGAAUACCUGCCUUAACACUGCACUAAUGGAAGUCAAUACCGGAAAGGCUCUGGAUUAUGGCAGCGUGAAGACUCUUUUAGCCAACACCAAGACUCUGAGGCAGAUUCUGGAAGAGGCCGUGUCCCUGCUCAAGAUGUUCUGGAGAGCGGCGCUUCCCAGCAGUGACGGCCACGCCCAGUAUCUCCAGAAAGAGCAGUCGAUGAAAGAGGAGAUCCGGUGUCUGCGCAUGAGGAUAGCGGAGCAGGAAGAGGUUCUGCAGAACACCAUACAGAGACUGAGGAGCACCAACCGCACUAAAGAGAGCAUGGAGACCUUCAUCGUCAGCCAACUAUCCAGGACUCGAGAUGUCCUGAAAAAAGCCAGAGCCAAUCUGGAGAAGAACGAGCUCAGGAUUUCUUCUUUAAGCGCCUCCUCUUCCUCCCUUUACCAUGGUAAAGUCGUCAAAGGUGCCUAUCCAGGGUCUUCUGAUAGGGAUGGCGUGACCUCUGCGAUCGCCAUGGAAACCUCCAUUUCAAGACUCGCCAAGAAGCGCACCAGGGAGUGCCUUCACUAAGCCGACGACCUAAACCAGCCAGGACAAGCUCCACCACCUGUCCUUAUCCUCUCAGAUCAUCUUUCCUCUUAUUUACCUCUUAUCCCUUCUUUUCCCUGCCCUUAUCUUUGCCUUACCUUGAUGUAUAUAAAAAAAAAAUGUUUUUUUUAAAGGACUCGUCAGACUACAGUUUGCCAUGUGAGACGGAUAUUGCGCGUGUCCUGGCUGCUAUAGAACGUUAGCAUUUGUGAAAAGAAAUUUUCUAAACACGCAAAUGACGCACAGAACUUCGAAAUCGGUCACUACAGGAGAACUUAGACUUUAUACUGAGUGCGUGGGGGAAGUGGAUAUUUAUGUUGCAGCUACACAUACUGCCAGUAAAUCCCGUUGAGAAACUCAGGGAUUUGAGGCAAAGAAACACUAAAAGCCACAUUUCAUACUGUAGGUGAGACAGAUCGUCAGGAUCGUCAUGCACUGAACUAACCGGUGCCUACGUUAAAGGCUCAAGCAGCCGUCACCGAAGACGUGCCACGUCUAUUCACAAUAAGCUCCGAGUUAACUAACAAAGAGCACAGUGCGAGGAAACACUUGAUUGGGUUUACUGUCGAAAUAUUAUCGUCUGAAACUCGCUGCCGGAGCCGUCGCUGAUUGCCGCUUUAAUCGAGUUUUAAUCAAACAAGCAUGUGCAAUGCAACCGUGCCAGCUUUCACUGACACCGGAACUGUGUGUUUUUAUAACAAUGAAAGACCGUCAGUGCAAUAUUAUGACUUGUAUUCUUACUCGUAUUAUCCUGUAAUACUACUGAAAUUGUUCUUGGACAGUAUUUGCAUGGGGGAGGUAGAGAGGGAGAAAAAAAAGAGGAAAAUAUCACCUUUGUGUCGUGCUGUAAGGUGAAGUUCACCAAUACUUGCCAAAGUUUGAACUCCUGGUUCCCCUUUCAUAUCACCUUGUCCGCGUGAUUAACCAAGACGUUCAUCAGAUCUCUAUUUUAUUUUAUUUCAGCGCCAUCUGAAUCUGAAAGCGAUAUUUCGGACAUGCCUCGAUUAAGGAGAACGAUUUUAAUAUCGCUGGAUCACAUAUUAGAUUUUUUUUUUUCUUUUCUUUAAAAGCUCAUCAGCAAGUGAGCGUGUGAAUUAGGACCAAAUCAUGUUUCUGCCAUUCACAGCAAGGACACAAUAAAGGUUGGUAACAUCUGUGAAAUUGGGAGUCGUAUAGAAUAGAGCUAAAAAUAAAUAAAAAGUCACACCUUACUUACGUGCUUAAAAUGCAGUAACAAACUUUGGCAAGGAUACGGUGGGUCCAUAAUUAUGCUACUGAUGCCACAAAUAGAAGUCACAGUUUGAGGUGUUCCUUAGCUGCUUGAGUAUGUUUGCUGGGGUUCUUUUUUUUUUCUUCCUUCCCUUCAGUGCUGUAUAUAAUUCGCUCUAUGCUACAGAGUCAUUGUGUGGUUCACUAUUUUAUUUUAUUUUUGCUCUAUAUGCAA